AACAAGAAUGGACGGAGACCAAAACAAUUACGGACGAUAGGCACAAAGCGGACGUGAGAAAUCUGUGAAAAUUUUUGUAGUAAAUCGCGUGUGGUGUGGGCGCAUUUAAAAAUGGUGCUGCGAUCGGGGAUUAUAAUUCCGUUUCAGUUUCGCGACACAAAGAAGCUGCUGAUGAUCGGAGUGCCCGAGGAGAACCGUAACCUGAACAUAUGGGACCUGAAGAACGUGGUUCGCGCCGCCUUUGGGAUCUACAACUUUGAGUUCCGGAACAAGAAGAUCGGCUUUAAUAUUCCGGACGAACUGUUGCUGCACUAUUUGGCUCAAAGGCACGACCUCACCAACUUCGUUAUAGAGAUCAGUCAAGUGUACGAUGUGGCCAUGGACACCUAUGUGCUGAACCGCCAGUGCCGCUGUGCGGACCCGAAAAUGCUCAACGACUCGCCGACGCCCGAGGAGCCCACCAAUCUGUGCCAGCCUAGUAGCAAUGUCUUGGAGUCUGCGCCCACUCCGCUGAUGACUUUGCCGGCUUGCGAGGAUGAGGAGCACGAUCACGAUCAUGAGUACGAGCAUGAGGAGAACAUAAAGUACCGGAUCGAUAAGGCCAGCAGUGGAGCUGCCUCCGUGGACUUGGGCAUGCCCGCCUACGAGGCCUGCUCUCCCAAAAUGGACUAUGAUACGCAGGAUGAGCUGCCCGAUUCGCCGCACUCGCAGCCGCUUCCACCACCGCCUUUGCCUUUGCCUGCGGCUUUGCCACUCGCACCGCCGCCCAACUCGCAUCCCCAGCAGCAUCUGCAGCAGCAGCAGCAACAACACGAGGAGGAGCAACAGCAACUGUUGCAGGAGCGCAUCCAGCACGAGUACAUGAUCCAGCAGCAGCAGCAACAUCAGCAUUUGCAACAGCAGCACCAGCAUUUGGCCCUCCUGCAGCAGCAGCAGCACGAACACCAGCAACAGCAGCAGCAACAACAUCCGCAGCAGCAACAUGGAGUCAACAUGGCCAUGGGCACGACUACCACAAAUAACAUUCGACAACGCAAGGAGCGCAUGUCCAAGCGGCAGAAGGAGCUGUAUGUGCACUUCCUGCAGCAGCAUCAGUUCAUCAACGAUCAUCGACGCAACGAUCCCGUGCUGGAUCCCUACUGGCUAAAGCUGGCCAAUCUACUGAAUGCAGUGCCUCAGGGAGCCGUGAAGCAUGUGACCGAGUGGAAGCAGACAUUUGACAAUUGGCGGUACCGGAUAUUCCUCUAUGCGCGAUACAACUCCAAGUUGCAGGACGAGGAGGCCCAGAAUCCGCGCAACUUUAAGCCUCUCACACGCACCGAUAAGCAGGCCUAUAUCAUGUGGAUCCGGAAUCCGGAUACGGCGCCCCCCGAUCUGGACAAGAUGCGCAACGUCUUCUGCAAUCUGGAGGAGACGGUGGUGCAGCAGGAGUAGUAGAUUCGGAAAUUGCCAUCAUUGUCCUAGUUUUGUAACACUUUCAAAUUUUUAUUUGUCUUCUUUUUAAAAAUGGUUUUAUCGAGCGUCGUAAAUGUGUGUCGCUGUCGUUUUUUCCUGUUUUGGAAAUGCAUUUUCCUUUUAGUUUUUUGACAUGUUGUUAUGCUUAUACAUAUAUGAAUAUUAAAAAUUUGUUUUUUGAAUGAAUCGACGCUAAUUUUAGUCGCGAUUAUAUUUAGACACCAGCUGAGCAGUUCGUUUGCCCCAGCUGUGGUGUUUUGCAUACGGUGUGUAUAGCCACAAUGAACUUUAAUGCUGAACAGGUUAUAUGGAUUUAAUAAUAAGUGCGUGGUUCUGUUCAACCCGCAGUUUCUGGCAAGGAUAUCGAAUUCGACAGCGGUUUUGGCCUUGAUUGAUAGAGUUGUUUUCUGUCUGACUCUAUGACAAACUCCUUUCAGAACCAGCUCUAUGUGUAUAUCACCAUCUACCAUUGACACCCACACCCGUUUCGUCUACAGAUGCUGAUUAAUUUGCUGCCCGAGGCGGUACAGCAUCCAGUGUGGCUUGUACUUGUCGCUAAUCCCCGGCCAUUAAUUAUUCGUUCAAUCAUAUCCGAUACACCAAUACUCGAUACGCAAUCGACUCUUGACAGCUUCUCGUGGGUAUUAUUUUUAUUAUUGACAAAUCCCGAUAAUAAUUCCUUCUUUUGCCAAUCUGUGAAAUUAGUUCCAGUGUUUCUUGAACCUGAACCUGAAACUGAAAUUGAAAAAGGGAGCCCCACCGAUUAGCAUAUUGUUAAUUAAAAAGAAAUUGCUUGGGUUCGGCACGACAUUGUCUGUUGUAAAAUACAUUUUAUUCUUCUGAUUAAAUGGCAAUUUAUCAUAAAUUAUUACACUUAAUUGUGUGCAAAUGCAAAGUGCUGCGCCGCGGCCAUUUAGAAAUCUUGUUUUAUUGGUACAAGAAAAUGUGUGUUACAUAAAUAACUAACUUAAAUGAGCGUAUCAACUGGAGAGAUAUUACAAAUGAUACUGACAACGCUUGUGGAACCCUCCAUUUGCCUUUUGUCUGUUAUCUGCAGCGUUUCCAAUUGCCAUUCCUAAUAAAGAUAAAUGAACGCGCACUCAGUCCGACCGACUCCGAUUUCCUCCUCCCUUCAAA